AUGUUCUUAGGUCACACUAUUAAGCAAGAGGGUAUUUUACCUUGUGAGGACAAAGUACGUGCAAUAACGGAGUACACCGUACCGUUCUCAUUCAAGGAACUGAAGGCAUUUUUCGGUUUGGUUAACUUCUACCGACGUUUCAUCCGACACGCAACAGAACGAUUGCGACCAUCAGCCGACUUACUUCGCGGUAAUCCACACAAAUUAGAAUUGGACGAUGCCGCGCGUGCUGCAUUUUCAGAGAUCGAAAUGGCUCUGGCUCAAGUUACACUCCUCGCUCGUCCCGACCCAUCACCCACGCUUAGUAUAGAGUAUCUAAGCACUGUUUUCAACCUCUCUUCGAAUAUCACCAGUUUAAGUUUUCAUUGUAAUUCGUUCAGCUCUCUUCACAAACUUCUGAUUUUUCAAAUGAAUCGUCCAAAUUGGUUUUAUAUACUAUAUUUAACUGUUAUUCAAUUUACCAUCUAUGGGGUUUGUGAAGAGUUAUCUGUUAGUCCUAUUGCUCAAGCGCUGCGUGUUCAUGAGUCUGGAAUUUUUGAAUGUUCUCUCGAAAACUCAUCCUAUAAUUCAGACUUAAGGUGGAUAUUGUUUGAUGGAACAGUUCUAUUAAAUGGUAACACAUCAGAAGAUGGUCGAUUUAUUAAUGAAGAUGGUAUCCUAAAAAUGACUAAUCUUACUAUACCUGAUUCUGGUGAAUAUAACUGUGUAAAUGUUGAAGUUAAUACCACUGUUACUGCUCAUCUUAAAGUGUAUAUUAUGCCAUCUUAUUUAUUGGAAGGAUCCAUUGUUCUUGCUAUCAAUGGUGUUCUCUUCAUUUUAUUCAUUUAUUCAAUGAUAAAAACAUAUCGAGAACAAAAUAUUAAAGAUCGUAUGCAUGCUUUCUAA